UUUUUUUUCCCAUCCCUAUAUCGACCACGUUUCUAAAGCCAACAACCAAGAGUGUGUUGUGGAGGGCACCUUUUAAGAAAAAAAGGCGGAAAACGGUCCCCACCCCUCCUUAAGGAUGAACCCAACGCCGAUACCAAACCAUGAUUUCAUGGAGCUGCAUCCGGUGCACCAGCAUCCGGCGGGCUGCAAGCAGCACUGCUUCGUGUUCACCGAGAUAGCGGACAUAGAGCUGCCGCCCGAAAUCACCAAGUAUCCGGAAAAGAUCAAGAACGGCAGCAUCCAUUCGUACACGAAGGAGAGCAUCUCACCGCCACCGCCGAAGCUGGCCAAGGACCGUCGCAGCCGGAAGAUAAUAGCGCUCGUGUCCGGGCUGCUCGUGUGUGUAGCGUUGGCCGCAGGCAUCCCGCUCGGUUUGCAGCUCCGAUCGUCCUCCCUGCUGGAAGCUCGGCUAGCGUUCAUCCGGCGGCUGCUGGUGGAGUCACCGCUCGUGGAAGGCUACUGGGCACCACCGAUGGGGGCCAACUUUAGCAAAAGCUUUGCGGAGGUAAAGAGCGGCAUGGUUGGCGCACUGCUGUGGCCCAUUGCGGUGCCGUGUGCGGCACAGUAUCUGGACGCGGUGCAGCUCACGCUGGAGGGUUUGGACGAUGCGCGGAGGCUGGUGAGCAAGAACCGCGAUAUGGCGGUGGUAGCGAACGCGGACGAGAUGGAACAAGCGCAUACGGAGGGCAAGCUGGCGAUACUGUUCGGGCUGGAAGGGGGCCACACGUUGGGCUCGAGUUUGGCGGUGCUUCGCUCGAUGUAUUCGCUCGGUGCACGAUUUGUUUCGCUGACGGGCGUGGGCUGUACGACACCGUGGGCCAGCGCCUCGAUACGGAACGAUUUCUUCGACGAAAAUCUUCCCUCCACCUUGACCAACUUCGGUGAGAUCAUAAUUCAGGAGAUGAAUCGAUUGGGCAUGCUGGUGGAAAUAUCGCGCCUCUCCGAACCGGCCAUGAUGGUGGCGCUGAACGUGGCCAAAGCGCCACUGCUGCUGUCCAACGCACUGCCCUCGUCGAUGGCUUGCAAUGGUACGACGGCCGCCGUCCCGGACCACAUCCUAAGCGCACUGUCCCAGAACGGGGGCGUCCUGAUGCUGAACGUCGAACGGUGCGGCGAUAAGCCGAUGUCGCUGAAGGAUGCUAUCACCGCGAUCAACUACAUCCGAGCGAUUGCCGGCGUGGACCACGUGGGGCUCAGCGGGUCGCCGAAAAAUUAUCCCUUGCUGCUGGCGGAGUUGGCCCGCGAUCGGUUGUGGGGCUCGGUCGCCAUUAAGAAGCUGGUGGGCGGUAACAUCGUGCGCGUGCUGCGUGAGGUCGAAACGAACAAGAACCGUUUGCCGCUGUCCGAGGACUGGAUACCGCUGGAGGCGAUCGAGAUGAACGCUUAUUGCCGAUACCCGGAAACGUAAAGUUGUCCUCCGGGGUUUGUGAGCGUAAUGUCCGGGAUGGGAGUGUUCUGGGCUACCGUGCAACAAGUAUUAUCUUCCACAUCUGCACCGGGCACCGGGAUUUGGGGGAAGGUUGGAGGGAGCAGCAGCACAAAACGCAUAUAACAAAACAAAACAUUAUCUAGCGAAUCUAGCAAGAGCAGCGUGUUGCGCGCUUUGAUGCGACAGCUCCGCUCCUAGCUCGGUAUAGAACAAUAUGUUAUAGAGUAAAAAGAAAGAAACCAGACAAAUAUUAUCGCAUAUCAAUUCUUCCAGAUGAAAUCUAAUUUACUAAACCUCCCUUAUCUUUCUCUCUCUCUCUCUCUCUCGUUUGUUGUACAUUGUUUGAAAGUGUUGGAAUUACUGCAACGUGUAGAAGGGGUGAACACAGAGCGUCAACCAGAGGGGGGCUAUAUUGCAAUAAUUUUGUAGCUGCGUAGAUACAGUGUGUUCAAAAUUUGAACAUGGUCACAAAAGCUAUGCUUUUCAAAUAGAACCCUGCUAUACAGACAGUAGUUCACUAGUUGAAUGGUUGUUGAUGGGAAAACAAAAUUUAUUAUAACUUAAUACGGGGAAUGAGCCCGGCAAUCAUCGUAUCUUCUACUAAAACAAGGCAUCAUUUAUCAUGAAGCUUUCGUUUAUAUGCUGAGCACUAUUAGUGUGUAUACAUUCGAUUACACAUUUCCACGGCUCGGUUGAGGCGAGUUCUACUCUACGCGCCGGGAAGAAGUUAAUGUCCCUCUAGAAAGAGAAUAUAAAUAAUAAAUAAAUGUUUUAACAAAACAACACUCUUUCGAGAUGAGUUUCACAUCCUAUAAAGUUUUUUGAUUUUCUCUUCAUUAUUUUAUUCACUUGCUCAAAGGAGAUACAUCCAAUUCCGUUACAUAUCGGUUUUAUCGUGUUGUAGUUUUUUGUUAUGUUUCGAUUAGGCACUCUGUAACACGACACGCACACUUACACACACAGCCAUAUUUCGUAUCGUUUUAGUUAUUGUGCCAGAUCGCCACGUGCUCAACCACGUUUCUGUGCCUGCGACAUGUUUUGUAAAUGUAUGUUUUCCUUUUCGAUGUACGCAACAGUAGGGUGGAAAAAAGUUAUGGCAUUGCAUGGCAUCAUAAUGAUUAUCGUAGCAUUGUCUCAUUGCAUAUGAUAUAUUGUUGUUAGGCAAUUUAAAAGGGGUGGAAAAUGAGAGAGCUUUUCGUUAGUUUGUACAUGCGUUCAGAUUGCUUGCACUCUUCUACAAGCGCCUCGCGGAGUGGUUUGCGCAUGGGAAUUUUGUUCGUCAAAUCCAAAUAGAUAACAGCAGCUUCCGGUAUCAUUCAGGAAAAGGAUAAAUGUUACUAAAUAAAGCCAGAAACAACAAAAAA